GAAUAGCGUACAAUUUCGUACAGACAGAAAUUUCGGACGUGACAGUCGGCUAGUCAUUUUGACCGCCUUGCGUUCACGCAAGUGGACGAAUUAGUAGAGAUUAUGGCAAAAUAUCUUAUACAAAUCAUUAUAUCCGGUACGCAGGUCGUGGGCAAGGCAUUCGCACGUGCUCUGCGUCAGGAGAUUGCAGCGAGUCAAGAAGCGGCGCGAAGAGCCGGUGGUGGCACAAGAGGUGCGAAGCAUGUCGCCGCAAACACUAGGACUGGCAUUUCUCUGGAAGAAGCACUUCGUAUUCUUAAUGCAGAACGUACUGACCAGACAGAGCUGAUCGAGCAGAACUACAAAUACCUCAUGGAAGCUAAUGACAGGUCGAAAGGCGGUUCAUUCUACUUGCAGUCCAAGGUAGUACGUGCUAAAGAGCGUAUUGACGAGGAGAUGAAAAAUCAGGGAAUAUCUUCAACAUCAUCGUCGUCGUCGGCGAAUAGUCAGGAAGUUUCCAAGCAGCUAUAAGACUUGUCUUCUAGUUUAAAUUUACUUAAUUUUUUUUAGAGAUCUGUACAUAAUGCAUAUAGCAUAAUUAAUAAAAAGUAACAAACAUUCUGACAUAAAUUAGAAGUUUGUUAAUACAGUUAA